CAGAGAUGUUCAUUCACUCGCGCUCCCAGAUGACCAGUGUGGUUCGUGCAACUCGCGACGGUCCAGAUUGACCCCGUAUCACCGUGACGAAGAGGUGUCAGUGAAAGACUAGCCUGGAUCACCGUAAAAUGUGUCUAGAUCCGUAUCGGUGCCCUCUAAUGAAAGCUCGAACUGUGCUGCGAUUCGUGUGAUAAACAUGGCCGCGCUUGUUCGUCUUAAACGUGGAAGCGUCCAGUUGAGACAUGCGGCGCUGGAAAUGAAAGCGGCUGUACGAGCGCGACACAUCGUUGCAGCUCUCGUUGCAGUUGGAUUUGCACUGUGUGGUGCAGUGGAAGUGAGUUCCUCGGUCGCAUUGCUUGCCAAUCAGAAGGAUAAUCAUGAAAUCAUCGAUACUUCGUGGCAUUGCGAAUUGCUGGUCAACGUCAGCAGUCGUAAUCGCACCGAAGACUUCGAAGUUAUACUCAUGGAGUUACCACCGGAAGAACGAGCAGAAUCUAUAAUGAGAGAGGCAUUUCUGUGGGGUCAAGUGGCAGGACCAAUUUUGGGAGGAUGUUUAGUGUGGGGCAGGUCGGGACCCUCGAUGGUGUUUUCACGUGCAGUUCUAAGUGCUUGCUUGGCAUUAUUGUUGGUGCCAGCUGCGUGGAGAGGUCCGUCUCAUGUAGCACUUCGUUUGUUUCAAGGAUUAUGUACAGGCGCAACUAUGCCUGCAGCUCACAUGCUCGCUAUGACCUGGUUUAAGAGUACUCACAGAAGUUGGUACUUCAGUUGCUACGCUGCUGUCAGCGUUGGAUAUUGCCUCACAGGAUGGUUGGGUACAGCUGUGGUUCGAAGUUUUGGCCGAGAUUCGCUCUGUUAUGGUCUUGUUUGCAUUGCAUUAUGCUGGUACUUUGCUUUUGGUCGAUUCGUCAAAGACACGCCGAAGUCAUACCAGCAUGACACAAAUGCAGCUGUGAUUCCAUGGGGAAAAUUACUGCGAUCGGUUCCUGUUUGGGCAUCUGCUGUAGCGACGAUGGGAAAUCAAUGGGGCGAUGCAACCCUUGCACUUGGAAUGACGAAGUAUUUGAAACUCAUUUAUGGAUUCUCAACAGCAAAUGACUCUGUUCUUACUACGUUACCUCACAUUGGUCAUUUCAUGGCUGCCCUAACGUGUGGUCUUCUCGUGGAUCAUGUUCGUGAAUCAAAAAUUGUUUCAACGACUACAGCGAGAAAGCUGGUUGUUUAUACUGCUCAUUUUAUUCCAGCUGCCCUACUUUUUGUUGCUGGUUACGCCGGUUGUCAAGCACUAGGUGCAGCCUGGUUAGGUAUAGCUGCUCUCCUUGUUUCUGGCACUGCACCAGCAGGUGCUCUAGCAGCUAUAGCAGACCUUGCACCUGUAGAAUCUCCAGCCUGUGCUGCAGCAGCAUGUGCAUUAUGCUCUACCCUAGGCGCUGCAGGCCUGUUGGCUGCUAAUUACUUCGUUACUCAGGCCCUUCAUGGUUCUAUCGCUGGUUCAUGGCGGCUGGUGUUUGGCGUCGCUUCCGUAGUUCUCCUGUCGACCGCUGCGGUUUUCCUGGCGCUAGGUAAAGGCGUCCCGCAGCCAUGGAUUCCUUCCGUGGCCAGACCUCGUAGUCACGACGCGAUUUACGAGCAGGACGCCUUGGAACUCGAUUACGAAGAUGUCGGCGUCCAGACAGAGCCUUUUAGUCCUUAUCCACUGGACGACGAUGCAGAAGGCGCGAGAAACGUGCCUCGUUCUGCCUCGGUCCACUCGAAAAUUUCGCAAGCCUCCAGCUAA